AUGUUGAGUACUGAGCAAUCAAAAAACGAAUCUGGAUUUGAUUUUAAAGAUAUUAAGCCAAAUGAAGUAUUUGAAUACCCUGAUCAAGCAUCAAAAAUUAUUUGGAGUGUCAAUUCCAAUAAUAUUUUACAAAUAUCUUCACAAAUUAUAGAAUUCAUUACAAAUAACAAAAUACCAAUCCAAAUGUCACUUUACUUGAUUGAUAUUAUGUCGCAAAUUCGUGUUAAAGAUAUCAAAUUAUUUGCAGAACUUUAUUUAAACAUAUUAAACGAAUUCUCAUGUUUAAUCAAGCCGAAAAAUGAGGAAUUGGCUACGCUUCUAUAUUAUAAAGGUUUCAAAUUUGAAAACUUCGAACCUAAAAUGAAAGAAGAAGAUAUUCUCAAUAUAUAUUCAACAAAAUCUCCUUUAUUCUACAUUGCAUGGGAUAAAGUUGAUGAUCUUAAGGAUAAAUUCCCAAAACUUGAUAUUAAUGAGAAAAUAGAUUAUGAAUUCACACUACUUGAUUGUUCAAUUAAAUAUGGAUCAGAAUUGUGUUUCAAUUACUUAAAAAAUUUAGGAGCUAGAUACACAGGAUAUUCCGAAAUGUAUGCUGUUCAAGGCGGAAAUAAAAUCAUUUUUAUGCAAAUGAUUGAAGAUGGUAUAUCAUUUGAUAACAUGAUUAAUACAGCAUUGGAUUAUCAUAAUUAUGAAAUUGCUGAGUAUCUUAAAUCAAAUUUUGGACAAACUUUUGAUUCAAUAGCUGAAAGUAUGCAUUUUGGAAAUUAUGAUGUUGCAUCUUAUUUACUUUCUAAUGGAGAAGAUAUCAACAAAAUUUAUAUUCUCUUUAUUUUCAUAUUUAUCAUUGUUUUAUAUAAUUCUCUUUAUUUUCAUAUUUAUCAUUGUUUUAUAUAA